ACAUCCGAACAGUAGCCUCCGAGCUUGUUUCCGUAUAAAUGCUCAUGUGACUCAUUAAAACAUUGUGAUACUCAAUGCCAUUAGGAUUCCGUUACUAUAGUGGAACAUCGUCGUGAUAGACAAGAGUAAAAAUUUUCCAUCAAUAACAUUUUCCUGAAAUUCAGAGAAAAAUAUUUAUUUUCCGGGUUGCGGUAUCUCGGCGUUUACAGGUGAUAAGUGGGCUCGACACUCGCGAGCCAGCAUUCGAUUACUCGGAUUUGUUCAUCGUGAAUGACAGGAGGAUCUUCACAACCUCCUCGCCAUUCGAUUUUUUCCCCGACACUCUGGCAGUCGAUAUAACGCGCUACCGGGGGAAUUCAUGUUGUCAGUGCGCGUGAAAUUGUGAAAUUCUGACGUUCAAACAUGAAGAGAAAGAAGGAGACCGGAAGUGAGGACAAACCGGAGGCACCAGACGGUGGCUGGGGAUGGUUUGCGUGCUUGGGAAGCAGCUUAAUUACGCUCUCGUUGAGGUCCUUGGACCCCUCGUUUGGACUUAUCUUCGAUGACCUUCUCACUGACCUCAAGAUUGAUUCGACCAAAGCCUCUGUCAUUCUCAGUGUCUUGGACGCAUUUUGCAAUUUUUCAGGAUUAUUUGUUGGACCUCUACUCACUAGAUACUCAUUUCGAACAGUGGCAGCAUUCGGAUGCAGCCUCUCCUGUGCUGGCUUGAUGCUCACAGCAUUCGCCAGUAGCUUCUUACAUAUUGUAAUUACCUACAGUAUUCUGACAGGCGUUGGAACUGGUUUAGCUGUUGCAGCCUCAUUUGUAGCGCUUAAUUCGUAUUUUUCUAAGAAACGCGGACAAGCCGUGAGUUUUUCCUCUGCUGGAACGGCACUCGCUAUGAUGGUAGUUCCACAAGCAGCACAUUUUCUCCUCGGUUUGUACCAAUUUCGCGGAACAAUGUUAAUCAUUGGAGCGUGGUCAAUGCACUCAAUCGUUGGCGCCUGUUUACUGCGACCACUGAUACCAAAAAAAUCCCCGAGAAAAAUGCCAAUCAUUAAGGUACUAGACAGAGAUCACGUGGAUCCGGAAAAAAAAGCGAUCGAGGGUGAGGCAUUGCUGGUCAAGCAAUCAAAUCAAAUUGAUGAGAGUCACGAGAGGCAGGAGAAUGUAACUUCACCGUUCUGCAAUGGGGACGAGGAGUCGAAGAAGACUGACAAUUUUUUUCGAAAGUUGAGGGCACGCAACGAAUAUUUCAAAGUUGUUACCGAUUUGUUCGAUAUCGAUCUCCUGAAGAAUUACUCUUAUCUCAAUGUUAUUUUCGGACUGAGUUUGUUUAAUAUCGCUGAAUCAAAUUUCAAGUUGAUGACACCAUUUUUCCUCAGAAAACAAGUUGGACUGACCGAAGCUGAAGUCGCAUUUUGUCUGUCUCUGAUGGCGUUCACGGACAUCGUAGCCCGACUGAUUUUACCAGUGGUCUAUGAUAGGCUGGGCUUCAAGAAACGUCGCCUCUUCUGGAUCAAUGCUCUUUUUGUUGCAAUGGGCCGCUCCAUUCUGGCUGAAAUGUCACAGGGCAUAUUAUUGUUUGUCGUGUUAGUCAUCAAUGGGUUCAUUCGUGGUGCUGCCAUUCAGAAUCUCCAGUUGUCAGUGUCGGAGACUUGUUCGCUGAAGAGUUUACCGUAUGCUUACGGGCUUUUUAUGGUGUCCAAGGGCACUUUCUCACUUUGUUUCAGUCCUCUCAUCGGAUAUGUGAGAGAUUACAGCGACAGUUACAGAAUUUGCCUCCACGCAAUGAGCAUCCUCAUCAUCAUAUGCUUCAUCACCUGGGGCGUUGAAUUUUUUUUGAAAGCCAUUCGUAAAAAUUCGAAUAAAGUACCUGAAGAAAUUAAAAUUCAAAAUUUUAAUACAAAAUCUAAAGAAUAUGAAGACUACAGUGGUAAUUACGAAACCUGUUUCGCACAGAUUUCUCAUUUAAUUUACUUUAUUAUUGCUAGCAGUAUAGAAUGUUAUGAAUUCCUCCAAGCUCUGUCCAACUAUUGCUUAAAAAGACCGGCCAAUAUCACAAUGAUUAAUCGCAUUGAAGCCUUCGAUUGCUGUUCCACUUCUGAUAAGUCGAAUCCAGCGAAUGAGUCUUUAAUUCUCUUCAUUAUGUUCACAUAUCCCCGUGCAAUGGGUGCCAUGACGACCGAAGGUGACAAUGUUAAAGACAAGGGAAAGAAAAGUACAGGAGAAGAGCUCAAUACAUUGACAGAUGAUUUUGUGGCGCCUGAUGGGGGUUGGGGGUGUAUUGUUGUACUUGCCGCUGGUUUUUCCAACCUUUGCGUGCUGGCUACAAUACAAAAUUUCAGCCUGAUAUUUAGGGACAAAUUAGACCAACUUGGAAUUACACCAACGGAAACAACGACCAUUCUUAAUGCUCAUCUUGGUUUAACAGCUCUGAUUGGUCUAGCGAAUGGACCUCUCUUCAAGAAAUUCAGCUUCAGGCAGUUGGCUCUGUGUGGGACAAUUCUCUGUUCAUCAGCGACGAUACUGCUCUCUACAGCCAAGACAUUCUAUGAGAUUCUCAUUUAUCUUGCUGUCUUCCACGCUACUGGAUCGGGAAUAUCAAUGUCAUCGAAUGCUCUGGCUCUAAAUACAUACUUCAAGAAGAAAAGGAGGUUGGCAGUGGGCCUCAGCUGGACAUGUACCGGCCUUGGACCCAUCAUUAUGCCCCAUAUAAUUACAGCUCUGAUGCCCAUAUUCGGUGUCCCUGGGACUCUUUUGAUUUUGGGUGGAUUUGCAACCCACUCAAUUGCUUGCUCUCUUUUACUUCAUCCAGUUGCAUGGCAUGCCAAGAAAAUUAAUGCUAUGGACGAACUGCGGGCUGAAGUAAUCAAAGAAAAAAACGACGCAACCUUAAAUAAUGGUACGCGAAAGGAUGUGAAAGCUCUAUCGGUUGAGAACUUGAAGGAAAAAUUAUCGACAAUUGCUGAUGAUCGUCAGGGAUUUGGAAGUCAAUACCUGUAUUACGAUGAUGAAGAAGAGGGUGCGGCGGGUAUCGAUGUCGAAGGUGGAACUCCCAUGAUGUCGCGCGCCAACGAUGGGUGGUUCUCAAAGAAAAAUUCAUCUACGAUAUCCCUCACCUCAAAUCGCACAGUGAAGCAUGAAAAUCCCCAAGUGCGUUUACGAAACAAGUCGUUCAGUUUGAGCAGACCAGCGAGCAUAACAGCAUUGAGUCAAGGCCACUCUCUCAGAAAUAUUGCCAAGGGCGUUAACGAGAGUGACAGCAAACGGCGAAAGCUAUCUAAUCAGAUAUCUGGAGCUACACCGCUGAUAAUCGUGAAGGAAUCCUGCGAAUCCACAAAUUCCAACGAAAAUAAUUGCAAAACUGAUGACUGUGAAAAAUGCCAAUUGGAAGGAGCUGCGAAGGAGCCUGUGGAGGAGCUUUCCCCUUCGCGCUUCAAACGCUUCAUCCACGCUGUCGUCAUCUUCUUCGAUCUCAGCCUCCUGCGGGAUAAGAUCUUCGUUAAUUUGAUGCUGGGAUUGAAUUUUGCAAAUUUUACGGAAAUUAAUUUUGCCCUUAUCACUCCGUUCAUUCUGGGUGAUUAUGGACUUACGAUUAAUCAGGUGGCUAUGUUCAUGUCGAUACUGGCUGGGGUUGACAUGACUGCCAGGGUUUUCAUAUCCUUCUUGGCUGCCAAGAUUGGAUUCAGCAAUCGAACUUUCUUUCUCAUUGGCGUUGCUUUCAUGUCGUCAGGAAGACUGAUUCUCGCACAUACACUGGACUACACAGUAAUCCUGCUGGUAGCAGUGUUAGUCGGCUUCGGAAAGAGCUUAAGAACGAUCUUCAUAGCACUAGUAAUUCCCGCUCAUGUACCAUUAUCUCGGCUACCAGCAGCCACAGGACUACAGUUAGUGACAAGUGGUCUAAUUUCCAUCAGUUUUGGUCCCCUCGUAGGGCAAAUCAGAGUCCUCCUGGGAAGCUAUGCCAUGCUUCUGCAUAUUCUGAAUAUCUUUCCCUACUUGGUCAUCAUAUCCUGGACUCUAGAAGCGUGGAUUACAUCGAGAAGAGGGAAAAGAACCGGAGAUGAGUUAAACCCUGAAGUUUAAUAAUUUUUUUCACUAUAAUUCUUAAUUUACUUAAGUUAAAAAAUCCAUAUCACGCCCAAGAAAAUCAUUUAUGUGAAUUGAACACAAUUUAUUUGAUUCAAAAAGUCGAUAUUCACUUCAAAUAAAUUAAUUUUCUGACGGAAGUGACGUUGUGCAUUUGAAUUUUGAAUUUAAGCAGAUGAAUUAUCAAGUUCGUUAUGAAAUGUAUUAUUUCUUAGUUAAUAAAUCUAAUUUCCCACAUAAAAUAGGAAUAAAAA